ACUGCGCAUGCGCCAACGUGCCGCUUUUGUUUUGCCGACCCGGAGCUACUUGGGCUGUAUUAGCAGCACUGCGGCUGACGAUAGCCUGUGUUUCUCAUAUUCCAAAAAAACAAAAAAACAAAAACAAACAAAAAAAGAGUGGAAAGAAAGGUAGCGUACAGGUAUUGAGCUCCACAGAGGAAUUCUCUGAAAGUUAUCAUCCAGGACCGAGACGGGGAGACAUAAGCCUAUUUAUUACACAAUGACCAGCUCCUCUACUCCCAGAAUGCACACAUACAAAAGGACCUCUAGUCCUCGGUCUCCGACUAAUACCGGGGAGCUCUACACCCCUGCACAUGAAGAAAAUGUGCGCUUUAUUCAUGACACAUGGCUGUGUGUUCUAAGAGAUAUUAAAUCACCGCAAAACAGUGAACGAGGACCACAAGAAUAUGUGGAGAAAAACCCAAACCCAAACUUGCUUUCCUUCACCCCAGUGGACCUGAGUGAACUCAGGAGGCCAAGCACACAGGACUGCAAGAAGUCUUAGUGAAUUUCCUCUCUCAUCUUGGUCCAGCAGCUUUUUUCUCCCCACUCAUUCUCUUUGGGACCUUUUUUAUGCCAGCAUCCUUCUGUCAGCCACAUUAGUCCAGAAAGCCUCUUCCUUCUCUGCCUCAUCGAACUCUGGUCUGGACAAACUGGCUGAUGUAUGUUCAAGACCCGUCGUAUCCCUGAUUCUCAUGCCGAAUCUGUGCGCCUCGUAUUAACAGAUUUCAGGGAAUUUGUUGUCACUUUGUUUUUCUUUUCAUUUUGUAUUCUGGAUUCUUUUUUCAUAUGCAUUGUUUAUUAUAAAGAUCAUAACCCAACAGAAGGAAAUGGCAGGAAGAAGUUGGCAUGCAGUGACUGAGGGAAGGACUCGCACUCUGAAAAACAUGAUGUGCUACAACUUUCAAAACAUGGCACUUUCUAGGAAAGUGCCGAAAGGCUGUUUUUUGUUUUUUGGUUUUUUUUUAGGUUAGUUUGAUAGAAUAAGAUAUUGGAAUAGUAAAGGCAGGCCAAAUAUUUUUAACAGAGAUACCACAUUCUUCUUCUUUUUUUAAAAAAAAAGAAAUACUUUCAAAAGAAUGUAAUUACAUUUUUCUGUGUCUUUUAAGCCUUGAAAUUGAAAUAAAAUUGUCUUUUAUGGUAUCUCAACCUACA